AUGCCACCCGCGAGCUCGUCCUUCACGCCCCUCAAUAUCCAAGACAAUGUCGUACCAGAGUGGCUGGAUGCCUUCACCCUGACCGCGCCCCCAAACACCGAUCUAUGGAGGAAACCACCAUCAGGGGAUAUAUCGACGGCUCCAAUUCUCUACACCGCUCUGCGCAACCCUUUCAUAGUAGCAGAAGUCACAGUUUCAGCAGACUGGGAGCUCGAAUGGGACCAGGGAGGACUGGUCAUAUUCGCGGGCACACCGCCAGGGCAGAUGCCGGUAGCAACAGCAAACGCGACAACGACACUUGAGGUCCCAAAUGUUGCGAGCAUAUGUUUGAAUGAUAGCGCGGCCCCGAGUUCCGCCAUGUCACUCUCGCAAACCUCCAGUAUUGACGAUGUUGAGAGGUACAACACCACAACUUCACAAAGCCCAGCAGAGGAUUCAGAUACCAGGCCCCAGUUAGAGCGUGGCCCUCCACCACCGUAUGUUGCUCCUGCGCCAGCAUCCAAGUGGGCCAAAGUUGGGCUUGAGUUUUCCAGCAACGCGUGUCAUGCCAGUUGUGUGGUCGCAAAUGGCGUAGGUGCAGACUGGUCAUUGAGCGCACUCCCACCCCAUCAACAACGACGCAUGGACUUGCGAGUCAAGAUUGAGCGCAUCGGUUACGCGCUGUGGGUCUCAUACGAGGAUGAACUGUCAGGCUGGAAGAAGCUGAGAGAGGUCACCUGGUUCUUCUGGGGUGUGGAAGACAAAGCCGUACGCGUUGGCGUUUAUGCGAGCCGACCUGCAAACUUUGGCAUCUCCAUGUGGGACCGAAGACACGCUGCAGGACUGAAUAGAGGAGACCGAGAUCUUUGUGUUGAAUUUGAAGGUUUGGAGAUUUUCUAA